UAUUUCCUCUGCCUCCUGGUUCAAAAGCAGCGGAACUCAAAGGGGCCUGCAGCUAGCCCUGAGCUCAACUCUCACAGCUGCUACCAGAGCCCGGAAGGUCCAGGAUGAACGGCCUCCUCUUCCUCGCCACCAUCAGUCUGCUGGUUGCGGUUCAGAUACAAAUGGGAGUCUUGGGAGAUAAUAUGACCAAUGUGAAUCCUAACGUGGCCACUCCUCCUCGUCCUGCUCCUGUGACGACCAAGGAGGGAGCCCCAAAAACUUCUGUGGCCAAAAAAAACCCUCAGAAACCCCCAAAGGGUGGGGCCUCGUCACUCAUCGAUGUGGGUUCCCGCAGUUUCUUCUUCUUCGCCAACACCUUAAUGUGCCUCCUCUACCUCGGCUGAGGUGAUGAUGUUGCUUCUCCAGCCCUGUGCUCCUCAAACUGCCGCCACCAUCAGUAGCAAGAGACACCCCAACCCAGUCUUUGGAAAGUGUUAACACCAGAGAGCCCAGGAAAUGAAAACUGACAGCCAAUGGCCAGAAUGGGGCGGUGCUGGUGGAAGGGGGCAAGUGACACCCAGCUGGGGCUCAAUAAAGUUCUACUUCUGCUUAGCGGGGGCCUCCCAUGUGCUCACUGGUUACUACUGACCCCAGGAGGCACGUGUGCAGCAACAUUGGCUUUCCGUGGCCAUGUGCAGGGAAGGUGGCAGCAAGGCACUCCCCCCAGGUUCCCUAACUUAGGGUCACCUUGCAGAGACAAGGACAGGAAACUCUCUGCCACUGUUAGUUGUGUUUGCUUCACUUGGGCCUGGUACUUGGGAGUGACAGACCCAGUUCUAUCCCCCGCCCCACAUAACACCUCUCAGGCCGUCUCCCACCCCCAUGACCCAGGUGUCUUCAUAAUGACAGAUGUGGGGACAUCAUAGACCACUUGGCUCCGUUUCUCUCAAACCCCCAGCAGGAGCGCUGUAGACCCAGAAGCACCCCCGUGUCUGGGAGGGCUCAAGGAAGGGCGUCUCAUGAGUUGUUUAUCACGGGGCUAGUGGACAAGGAGGCAGGUGUUGCCACGCACACCCACAGCCAGGGAAGGCAGGAAGGACAAUCAGGCUCCUCUAAAUGCUCCUCCUGGGCUUGGAGCUGCAAAGUGACAGGGAGCCCAGACAGGUCCCCAAGACCCUUGCCUUUGUGUCUUCGCAGGAACCUAUGCCCAGAGGACUGGAAAGUGACUACAGCUCCGGGCCUCUGACAGCCUGACCUGUCCCCUAGCUAGGGACCCAGCCCCUUCUGACAGCCUGACCUGUCCCCUAGCUAGGGACCCAGCCCCAUCUGACAGCCUGACCUGUCCCCUAGCUAGGGACCCAGCCCCAUCUGACAGCCUGACCUGUCCCCUAGCUAGGGACCCAGCCCCAUCUGACAGCCUGA